UGUGUGCCUCGAAAUUUCUAUCUCCUGGAUGAACUUGAGCAAGGACAGCGACUAUGCACGGAAGGAACGAUCAGCUGGGGCCUUGAGGAUAUGGAGGACUCCACUUUGACAACGUGGAACGGAGCUAUAGUGGGUCCAAGCCGUACACCAUUUGAAAAUCGCAUAUAUAUGCUCAAGUUUGAGUGUGGGCCUAAUUACCCUGAUGUUCCACCUUCGGUGAGGUUUGUUACCAAAAUACGCAUGCAAGGUGUGAACGAAUCCACGGGUCAGUUUUCUAUCAUUAUUGACUUUCGUUUCAUACUUUUACAGGUUGAUCCGCGAAUGUUUCCGACGUUAACUAAAUGGACCCGCGGUCUGCAAAUUCGCCACGUGCUCUUAGAAUUACGUCAAAAGAUGGCUUCCUCAGAGAACGGACGGCUUCCUCAACCGCCAGAGGGCUCUACCUUCUAG